AACUAAAACUUUUGUCAAAGUUGACGUUUAUCAUUCGCGUAUUCUCUACGGUUUUGUUAAAAAUUUACGGCCGGUGAAUAGAAAAAACAUUGUUAAUGUUUUAAAAGUAUAAUUUUGGAGCUGCCAAAAUGAAGCAGUUAAUAUUUAUCUGUGUGGUUGCCUUUGCUUUAAUUGGGUCCAUACAGGCUCAAUCUGAAGAUGUAGAUGCACCAAGUGUAGAUAUAGAUUUGGGAGCAAGCAAGGAAGGUUCUAGAACAGAUGAUGAAGUGGUUAAACGGGAAGAAGAAGCUAUCAAGCUUGAUGGACUCAAUGUUGCUCAACUUAAAGAAAUCAGAGAAAAGGCUGAGAAGUUUACAUUCCAAACAGAAGUCAACCGGAUGAUGAAGUUGAUUAUUAAUUCACUGUAUAGAAAUAAAGAAAUUUUCUUGAGAGAGCUGAUCUCAAACGCAUCAGAUGCCUUGGAUAAAAUCAGAUUGCUGUCUCUGACUGAUAAGUCAGUACUGGAUUCAACAUCCGAACUAAAUGUCAGAAUAAAAGCUGAUAAAGAUACUGGCAUGUUACAUAUAACAGACACAGGCAUCGGCAUGACCAAACAAGAUUUAGUUAAUAAUUUGGGUACCAUUGCCAAGUCCGGUACUGCUGAAUUUUUAAGUAAAAUGCAGUCUGCUGACACUACUGAUGACCUGAACGACAUGAUUGGUCAGUUCGGUGUUGGAUUCUACUCAGCUUUUUUGGUUGCUGACAAGGUAAUUGUCACUUCCAAGCACAAUGCUGACAAACAGUACAUUUGGGAGUCUGAUUCUUCCAGUUAUACUAUUGCUGAUGAUCCAAGAGGUGAUUCACUAAAAAGAGGAACCACUGUAAGUCUUGAGCUCAAACCUGAAGCCAGGGACUUUUUGGAGCACGAAACCAUCAAGAACUUGGUGAAAAAAUACUCCCAAUUCAUUAAUUUCCCUAUUUAUUUGUGGACUAGCCAUACUGAAACUGUUGAAGAACCCAUAGAUGAAGAUGAGUCGGCAGAAGAAGCCACGCCUAAGCCUGAAGAUGAAGAGGAUGCCGCUGUUGAGGAAGAAAAAGAAGAAAAGCCUAAGACAAAAAAAGUAACAAAGACAGUUUGGGAUUGGGAAUUGCUGAACGACAGUAAACCAAUCUGGACCAGAAAACCUGCCGAAGUAACUGACAGCGAAUACACGGAAUUCUACAAAGCACUGACCAAAGAUGAGCAAGAGCCUUUGUCAAAGAUCCAUUUUGUUGCUGAAGGAGAAGUGACAUUCAAGGCUCUUUUGUAUGUACCAAAAGUGCAGCCAUCAGAGAGUUUCAAUAAAUACGGCACCAAAACUGAUAACAUCAAACUCUAUGUCAGGAGAGUGUUCAUUACUGAUGAAUUCAACGACAUGAUGCCAUCUUUCUUGAACUUUAUUCGUGGUGUAGUGGAUUCUGACGAUCUUCCUUUGAACGUUUCAAGAGAAACACUUCAACAGCACAAACUGAUCAAGGUUAUUAAAAAGAAACUGAUCAGGAAAGUACUGGACAUGUUGAAGAAGAUCCCUGCUGAAGAAUACAAGAAGUUCUGGAAAGAAUUCUCAACCAAUAUUAAGCUGGGAGUUAUUGAAGAUCCAGCAAACAGAUCAAGACUGGCCAAAUUGCUGAUGUUCCUGUCAUCAAACAGCGAUGAUGAACUGACUUCACUCAGUGAUUACGUUGCUAGAAUGAAACCCAAGCAAGACAAGAUCUUCUAUAUUGCUGGAUCUUCAAAGGACGAGGUUAGGAAAUCGCCGUUUGCCGAGCGUCUUCUCCGUAAAGGCUAUGAAGUUCUCUUUCUUACUGAAGCUGUAGAUGAAUACACUAUCUCAGCACUGCCCGAAUUUGACGGCAAAAAAUUCCAGAACGUCGCCAAGGAAGGGUUCAGUCUAACUGAAAGUGAAGGAGGCAAAGAACAACUUGAACAGCUCCAAAAAGCUUUUGAACCCCUCACCAAAUGGCUUAGCGAAGACGCUCUGAAGAACCAAAUAGCCAAAGCAACCAUUUCAGAGAGACUGAGCGAUUCCCCUUGCGCUCUAGUGGCCAGUAUGUUCGGCUGGACCGGUAACAUGGAAAGACUUGCUGUUUCGAAUGCUCACCAAAAGGCUGACGAUCCGCAAAGGUCUUAUUACCUGAAUCAGAAGAAGACUUUGGAGGUGAAUCCUCGUCAUCCGUUGAUGAAGGAGCUUCUGAGGAGGGUUAACGAUGAUCCUAACGAUCCAAACGCUAAAGACAUGGCGCUGAUGUUGUUCAGAACCGCUACACUUCGGUCAGGAUAUAUGCUGCGUGAAACGGCUGAUUUUGCCAAGUCCAUUGAGGGGAUGAUGAGGAAAACAUUGGGAGUCUCUCUAGAUGAACAGGUUGAAGAGGAGGAGGAGGUUUUGGAGGAAAAUACUGCCGAAGAGGUGGGAGAUAGUAAUCAGGAUGAGGAGGAAGAGCAUGAUGAACUAUAAGGAGUGUAUGAUAUUGUGUGAGUGUUUGUAUUGUGAACAAGUUGUAGAGUUGUUUUAGAAACAACAAACAAGACUGUAUUUCUUUUGUAAAUUGCUUUAAAAUAAAGUGUCUUAUUUAUGUUA